GCAGGCUUCCGUUCUGAUGCCAGAACGCCAGUCGCACACGUGGUCUACCAAAACAUCAUGGCGGCUGGAUUCAAAACCGCCGAGCCCUUGGAAUACCACAGGAGCUUUCUGAAGGAGAACUGCCGCCCUGAUGGAAGGGAACUGGGUGAAUUUAGAACCACUACUUUGAAUAUAGGUUCUAUAUCUACAGCAGAUGGGUCUGCCCUGGUUAAGAUUGGAAACACCACAGUCAUGUGUGGCAUUAAAGCGGAACUGGCCAACCCAGCCGUGGAGGUCCCCAGCAGAGGCUACAUAGUUCCCAAUGUGGACCUGCCCCCUCUGUGCUCGUCCCGGUUCCGUCCAGGACCCCCUGGGGAACAGGCCCAGGCAGCCAGCCAAUUCAUCGCUGAUGUCAUAGAGAGCUCUGAAGUGAUACAAACAGAGGAUUUAUGCAUUGUGAAAGGAAAGCUGUGUUGGGUCCUUUACUGUGACAUCAUGUGUCUGGACUAUGAUGGCAAUGUGUUGGACGCCUGUCUCAUCGCCCUGCUGGCUGCUCUCAAGAAUGUGCGUCUCCCUGAGGUGACUUUCAGUGAGGACUCCGAGGUUCCUAAAGUGAGUCUGGAGAACCGGAGAGGUCUGACCAUCCACAAACAUCCAGUAGGGGCCUCUUUUGCCGUGUUUGAUGACUCCAUUAUGAUCGUCGACCCCACCGCUGAGGAGGAAACCCUGUCCACAGCCAUAAUCACCGUGGUAAUGGAUGAGGAAAAGCAUCUCUGUGCCCUCCACAAGCCAGGUGGAACUUCGUUAUCUGGUGAGAAGCUUCAGGACUGCAUCAACCGCACCACGAUCAGACACAAGGAGGUCCACAAACUCAUCAACAAAGUCAUACAGAGUGUCAAGACACCCGAAUAAACACACACACACGUUUCUUUUCUCUAAAAGUUGUAUUUUCCACUGUCAAUAUAUAUUUCUUUCUUAUCACAAUAAAACUGCUGACAAAGACCA